UCCGGUUUUAAUCGUUUCCAGUUUACUUUUAAACAUCGACAAGUGCGGACUACAAAUAAUCUCAUGUAAAAAGAAUGUAACAAGCAUUGAAUUCAUGGUUACAUUAAUGUUUGAAAAUAAUCGUUAAUUAAAGAAUUUUUAUUUUUCCAAAGGUUUUAAAGGGACCAAUAUUCUUUAAAAAAAAAUCGAGCAAUAAUGUCGAGUCAUGUGAGAAAAGUUAUAGCCAAUAAGGAAAUGAGAGAUUAUUUCAUGAGUACUCAUUUUUGGGGACCAGUAUUCAAUUGGAUGAUUCCAAUAUCGACAAUUGGUGACAUUCAAAGGGAUCCAAAAUAUAUAAGCGGAAAAAUGACAUUAGCACUUUCCUGUUAUUCAAUGGCUUUUAUGAGGUUUUCCAUCAAAGUAAAACCCAGAAAUUUAUUACUCUUUUCGUGUCAUAUAGUUAAUUUUGGAGCUCAACUAACACAAGGAUAUCGAUUUUUAAAAUAUCAACAAACACUAAAAAAGCAAAAUAUUGUUUAAUCAUUGCUAUUAAUUUAUAUAAUUAUAUUCAAUUCUAUUGAAAAACAAAACCGAUUUUUUCGUUAAUUGAAAAUUGUACAAAGACUGAAUCAAAUAUAUUGUUUAAUAAAGUGACAUAAAAAAUUAA